AUGCCAGACGGUCCAAAGUCAUUAGAAGGGAAGAAAUACCCCGCCAAAAGCCAUGCUCAUAAUGUACUUUCCCACUUGAAGAAAAAAAACUCUGCUAAAGCACAAGAAGUGUCGUUUUUUAUUAGUGGAGAGGAUUUGGAGUUGUACAAGUAUUGCGACCAAACACGGCCAUUUAGACAAAAUAGGUACUUUUUCUACUUGACUGGAAACAAUAUACCUGGCUCGCACGUGUUGUAUGAAAGUGUGAAGGACAAGUUGACUAUUUAUUUGCCAAAUGUGGACAAGGAGGAUAUCAUGUGGUCUGGUUUACCAUUGUCUAAGGAUGAAGCUGCAAAAAAAUUUGACGCUGACGAAAUCAAAUAUGCUGCUGACAUUAUUAACGAUUUAAAGGGCUUGCUGAGUAAAGCGUGCACCACUGAUAUUAACAAAUUCAACUUGGAAUUCAAAGACUAUUUGGUUGAAAAGGAUGACGAUUUUUUUUAUGCGUUGGAUGAAGCUCGUGCUUUCAAGGAUGAUUAUGAAAUUGAGUUGAUGAGACAUGCAGCCAAGAUCACCGACAAUUGCCACCUCGCCGUUAUGUCUGCUUUGCCUAUUGAGACUAAGGAGACUCAUAUACAUGCAGAAUUUAUGUACCAUGCGUUGCGCCAAGGUUCUAAAAACCAGUCUUAUGAUCCUAUAUGUUGCAGUGGUGAAUCAUGUUCCACGUUGCAUUGGGUGAAAAAUGACGGUGACAUAACUCCCGAUAAACGUUCUGUUUUGAUUGACGCGGGAGCUGAAUGGGAUUGUUAUGCAAGUGAUGUUACUAGGUGUUUCCCAGUAAAUGGUGAGUGGGCAAAGGAACAUUUGGAAAUCUACAAUCUAGUUUUGAAAAUGCAAGAAGAAGUUUACAAACUGAUGAAACCAGGGGUUGAGUGGGAAGAUCUCCAUCUCAAAGCUCACCGGGUAUUAAUUGAAGAAUUUCAACAAUUGGGCAUAUUCAAGAAUGAAUAUUCAGUGGAUGAAGUUUUCAAAUCUAAAGCCAGUGCAAGGUUUUUUCCUCAUGGGUUGGGCCAUAUGUUGGGUAUGGAUACCCAUGACACUGCUGGGUACGCCAAUUAUUCUGACCCGGAUCCUCUUUUAUGUUAUCUUAGGAUUAGAAGAAAGCUUGAACCAAAUAUGGUUGUCACGAAUGAACCAGGGUGCUAUUUCUCCCCAUUUUUGUUGGAGGAGACAUUGAACGAUCCGUUGAAGAGCAAAUACAUCAACAAAGACGUGUUGGACAGAUAUUGGUAUGUGGGUGGUGUUAGAAUCGAGGAUGAUGUUUUGAUCACCAAGGAUGGAUAUGAAAUUUUCACAAAGGUGACAAAGGAUCCCAAGGAGAUUAGUGAAAUUGUAAAGGCGGCUUACGAGAGGGGCGUUAAGAGCUAUCACAAUGUUGUAUAG